AUGGAAGACCGGUCACAUCUUCCGCCGUCUCAGGGGAACACCACGGUUCUAGUGAUUGUGGACCGGUUCUCUAAGUCCUGCCGUCUCCUCCCGUUGCCCGGUAUCCCUACAGCCCUACAGACUGCGGAGGCGUUAUUCACCCAUGUCUUUCGGCACUACGGGGUGCCGGAGGACAUCGUUUCUGAUCGGGGCCCCCAAUUCACGUCUCGGGUAUGGAGAGCGUUCAAGGAACGCUUGGGGGUCUCUGUCAGCCUGACCUCCGGUUAUCACCCCGAGAGUAAUGGGCAGGUGGAGAGAGUGAACCAGGAGUGUGUGUUAGGGUACCAGCCGGUCCUGGCACCAUGGCAUCCGAGCCAGACCGAGGCUCCUGCGGUGGAAGAAUGGGUACAGCGCUCCAAGGAGACCUGGAGGGCCGUCCAGGAAUCUCUACGACAAGCGAGUGGAUGGCAGAAGAGGAGUGCAGACCGCCACCGCAGUGAGGCCCCCGUGUUUGUACCGGGGACAUGGUCUGGCUCUCGACCCGAAACCUACCUCUCCGCUUGCCCUGCCGGAAGCUGGGUCCGCAGUGUGCCGGUGUUAGCUGGUCCCCUGCAGGACAGUGAGGUACCGGAGGUCUCUCCCCCCCCUCUGGACAUCGAGGGGCCUGCAGUACCUCGUGGACUGGGAGGGGUACGGUCCGGAGGAGAGGUGCUGGGUACCGGUGGGGGACAUCUUGGAUCCAUCCAUGUUGAGAGAUUUCCAUCGCCUCCAUCCGGAUCGCCCUGCACCUCGUCCUCCGGGGCGAACUCGAGGCCGGUGUCGGCGCGCUGCGAGAGCCGCGCGUCAGGGGGGGGUACUGUCACGAGUCCGACCGAGGGUGGUUCCCUUUCCCGAGCGGGUGGCGCUCGGCGGUCGUCGUCACCGGCCUAGUAGCUGCCACUGAUUGUCUUUCCUCCCCCUCCUUGUAUGUUUAGUGGUAGCACCUGUGUAUGUUUAAUUAGUUUGUCUUUAUUAGACAGCCGGCUCGCCUGGUUGUUGUGCGGGAUUAUUUCAAUGUAACCUUCGGCUCUGUUGUAGAGGUACGUGUUAGUACUUGGUCGUGUAUUUUUCGUUGUACAUUUUGAUUCCCUGUGUUUGGGAACGUGCCUAUUGUGAGCACCCUGUGGUGCGUUGGUGCUAUUAAAGACGCACAGC